CCAAAUUUCAAGUGCCUACGUUUAGCAGUUUAGGCUGUGCGUUGAUAUGUUAGUCAGUCAGUCAGUCCAUCCUUUUAUAUAUUUUAGAUGAUGAUAUUAAAAUUCAUGAUUCCUGUCCAAUCCAGAUGCUAUAGAACUGUUCACAAUGGACGGAGUGCUACCACCAGUUCUAAGGGGGCUGCCAUAUGACAUCAACAGCGUCAUGCACUUCGAAGAACGAGACUUCAGCAAGAAUGGACAUCGGACUAUCAAAUUUAAGAACCCUAAAAUGCAUCAAAACCGCGUCGGUCUGACAGCAAACGAUUUACGUAAAAUAGAACUUGUAUACGGUCCAGAGUGUCGCACAAGGGAUCGUCAAGAGAAAUUGGAAAUGUGUCAGUCUUAUCCCGGCCUAACAAGACGCAAGAGAGAUUUAAAACCUAAUGCUAAUAGAAAUCUUAGAGUAAACAGGAAUAUAACACCACCACCAUCACUCUUAGCAAAUUCAGAAGAAGAAAAAACACAAGUAGAAUAUAAUACUACAGAUGCGAAAACUGAUGACUUACAUAUAAGUCUAAACGCUCUAGGAAUAGCCAAUGAAACAGAAUAUAUAAAAGAACAAGUCUUCAGGGUAUCUGCGUUAGCUUUGGAGAACGCUAGACAAAAAUAUUGUAAUGCAACUGCAAAUCUAUCUGACGUCAUUAAACCAGUUCUUAACCCUGGAAGAAAGAAAGGCAGUCCAACAGAUAUAUUAGGAGUACUAGAAGUUGUAGCAGAUUACGCUCAAUCGUUAGUAGACCAUGCUGUAAAGAAUCUUACGACGUUCUGCGAGAAUUCAAAGUCGAUUGAGGAGUACCAACAGCUAUGCGAAUUGAGCGAUAAGUCACGAUGCCCCAAAAGCUAUAGGUCCAGAACUGCCCCUCCAAAGACGAGACGGAGAAGAGAAGUGUCUGCCAUGGCCACAGAAGAUGAAGAUGAAAGAGAUAAAACUGUAAUAGACGCUGAUUCAGCAAAAUCGGAAAGAGGUCAUAAAAAGAAGGCAGGAAAGUAUAAGACUGAUCAUAAAAAACCAAGGAGGUUUCUAAAAGACAUUCAGUAUAGAGAAAAUACUCCAGACUCAGCCGCAAGCGAAGAGCUGGAUGAAGAUUCGAAUGUAUCUCUGGACAAAGCUGGUGAUCCAGUCACCAAAGAGGUUGAUCUAAAAGAUACUGAAAUCGACACAGAAAACAAAUUUAAAGCAGACGAAGAAGAAAGAGAAACAGAAGUAGAAGAAGACAAAGAAGAAUUUGUAAAAGAAGCUAUAAACGAAGGUCUGGACUCAAUGUUAGCUGGAAAUAACGACGAGGAAAAUGACGAGAAAACAGCAUCAGAAGAAGAUGGCAUAGAUGCCGAAGGAAAAGAUACUGAUGUUAUAGACGAGGUUGAAUCACAGAAAGAAACAGAAGAAGUUGAUAAAGAAGAGGGUCUGGAUGUUGCAAAGAGUGAGGAGCAGUCAGCGAAAGAAGUUGAAGAAGAAGAAGAGAUUGCAACUGUAAGACCAAAGAAACAUAAAGUUCGGGAGCAAGUUGUGGAUUUGUCGGUUGAUAGUAAUGAUGAACGUGAUGAAUACAGACCGAAAAAGAAAGAAAAGAAAGUUAUAGAACAUUCAAAAAAGAGGAAGAUAUCACAUGUCAACUUGCCUAAGACUGUCAAACUGAAUAAAUUGAACAAGGAGUUCUAUAAGGAACGUAGAUGGCCCGACGGUAUAGUCAGAUACGUUAUCAAGAAGUUACCUGGUUAUGACCUAGAGGACCUUCGCAACAGAUUAGCUGAAGUCAACAAUAUUUUAUUGAAAAAAACUUGCGUCAAGCUCGUUGAGGUGGACUCCAAGGAGGCGAGAGGAUAUGACGACUACUUGGUGCUGGACAACAGCCCUGAUUACGUCACUGGAAGGGUCGGAGGGAAACAGGAGUUACUACAAGUGCAGUGCAAUGAUAACAAUGAAAAUGGGUGGAAGAUGAUUCUUAAGGUUGUAUGGUAUAGGUUAGCAAACGAGCAGACGGACUACCUGAUGGGCCGAUUAUUCGGAGUUGAAGCUCGAGACUAUUCAGUUUUCGAUCCUGUGAAUACAGUUUUCAGCGUGCAACGUUUACUUGGGCGGCGGUACGAUGAUUUACAGGUGCAAAUGGACAUGCAUCUGUGGCCUUUCUCAGUGACCAGUAGAGAUGGCUGGCCAGUGAUCACUGUCGAUGACAUGGGAAAGAGGGUAACAUAUACCCCACAACAAAUAACAGCCAUCACCAUUUUACACUUGAAAGAGUUAGCUGAAAAACAUAUCAAGACUCCAGUGACCAAAGUUGUGAUCGGCGUACCGCCAUUUUUUAGUGAAAUCCAAAGAGAUGCUAUGCGGGAAGCCAUUGCCAUAGCUGGCCUUCAAGUCUUAAGGAUAACGAACAAUUGUACUGCAUCAGCCAUAGCGUGUAAAUUAUAUAACGCAGAAAUAAACAACGUUGUAAUAUACGACCUAGGCGGUUCAACGGUGAACGUGUCACUUUUGGCUAUUAACGGCUCAGUUUACGAAAUGAAUGACAAUAUGUUUACCCUUAGAUUAGGAGGUAAAGAUUUCGACAGCCGUAUUCUAGCGUAUUUCGCAGAAGACUUCCAUAACAAAUUCAAUGUAUCUAUUUUAAACAGUCCUUCUGCUAAAAGACGGCUGAGACUAGCUUCCGAAGAAGCGAAAUGGGCUUUCGCAGAUCCCGCUAUUCAGGAAACUAGUAUUAAUAUUCCUAGUCUUUGUGAAGGCCACGAUUAUACGCACAUCCUAACAAGAGAUAUUUUCGAAGCCCUAUGCUUGGACCUUUAUAAGGAUACUCUUAAAUUAUUGGAUAAACUCAUAGAAGAAAAUGAUAUGGCGAAAACUGAUGUCAAAAUGAUUCUAGCUGUGGGUGGUGGCUCUAAAAUAACAGCAGUUAGACAGGUUUUAUCUGAAUAUUUCGAAUCACGUUUGGCAAUAUCUACGUGCACUAACCCGGAUGAAACUGCGGCCGUCGGAGCAGCUAUACAAGCCGCCAUUCUCAAUGGGAUAACCCACAGCUCUAUAAAACACUCCGUUUAUCCUGAUAGACUUCCAAUGUCUUUAGGCAUAGAAGUGUCUAGGGGUAUUAUGCUAAAAAUGAUAAACAGACAUAAAAUUAUCCCAUGUACGGCAAAUAAAGAGAUACCUACUACAGAGGAUUUUACAACGGAACAGACAAUUAAAGUCUAUGAAGGCGAAAGGCUUGUUACGGAAGAUAACCAUUUCCUAGUUAAUCUUGUUGUUGGUGACUUUACACCAGAUUUGAGAGGCGUUGAUAAUAUACUAGUUGGUUUUGACGUCGAUUAUCAUGGGAUACUAAGAGUUUUUGCAAGAAGAGCUCCUUUGGGACAACUAGCUGAAGAAAUCGUUAGCCCCGAAACAAGAAUGAACGCAGGACAGAUAACCGAAAUGCUUCAGAAUCUGGAGUUAAGCCAUAAUGUAGAUAUAGUUAACAAGGAUCGUUUAGAUACGAGGUACAAACUAGAAAGCUUUAUAUUUGAUGUGAAACGUCAAAUUAUGCAAAGACCUGAACUUUUGAAUGAAACUGAGAGUCAAUCUAUGAGUGAAGAGUUAGACAGAGCCAUUCAAUGGUUUAACCUAAGCAUGGAUUGUCCUAAAGAGGAGUUUGAAAGGAAAUUAGAUAAUUUGACGUACAGGUGGCGUGAAAUUACAGUAAAAAUAUUUGAUAAACCAUGGACUUAUAAACCGAUCGCGUGA